AUGGACGACAACACAACUAAUUUUCUUAUGGCAGACAAUCCUAAUUUGUUUGGCUGUGGCUCAGUGGCUCAGGUCACGACCACGAACAACCAGAGCGGACAGUACCUCUCCAUAAACCUGGGCUUCGCUUUGGGCGUUACAUUCGGGGUUUAUGCCUCGAGAGGAGUUUCUGGUGCCGAGUCCACAGGUGCUGAGUCCACAGGUGCUGAGUCCACAGGUUCCGAGUCCACAGGUGCUGAGUCCACAGGUGCUGAGUCCACAGGUGCUGAGUCCACAGGUGCCGAGUCCACAGGAGCCGAGUCCACAGGUGCCGAGUCCACAGGAGCCGAGUCCACAGGUGCCGAGUCCACAGGAGCCGAGUCCACAGGUGCUGAGUCCACAGGUGCUGAGUCCACAGGUGCUGAGUCCACAGGUGCUGAGUCCACAGGUGCUGAGUCCACAGGUGCUGAGUCCACAGGUGCUGAGUCCACAGGGGCCCAUCUGAACCCGGCCGUGUCCCUCAGUCUCUGUGCUUUGGGACGACACUCUUGGACCAAACUCCCUUUUUACGUUUUCUUCCAGUGUUUUGGGGCUUUUCUGGGAGCAGCAACAGUGGCUCUGCAGUACUACGAGGCCAUCCGGUGGUACAGUGGCGGAGAGCUGAUCGUGAGCGGCGCCACAGCCACAGCCGGGAUCUUCUGCACUUUCCCCGCGGACUACCUCAGUCUGUGGGCCGGCUUCGUGGAUCAGGUGAUAGGCACGGCCGCGCUGCUGCUCUGUCUUCUGGCUCUGGGGGACUCGGCGCAGGGCUCCAUCCCCGCGGGGGUGAAGCCGGUGCUGGUGGGGGCCGUGGUGCUGGUGAUUGGGGUCUCCAUGGGCUCCAACUGCGGCUACGCCCUGAACCCGGCGCGGGACUUUGGGCCUCGGCUCUUUGCGUUCGCCGCUGGAUGGGGAGCGGAGGUCUUUACGGCUGGAGGAGGCUGGUGGUGGGUGCCCCUGGUGGCCCCAUGUGUCGGAGCUCUGCUGGGGACUCUGGUCUACGAACUCAUGGUGGAAGUGCAUCACGUCAAAUCGUCGUCUGAGGAGAUGAGUGAGAGCAGAGGUCUGGAGAUGGACCGGUCAGAACCAGGAAAACCCGACUAG